AUGAUGAUCAAUCGAAAUAAAUGGCUUCAAGUUUUAAGUUUGGGACUGAUUCUAUUUUUUGGGGCUGGAGAUGUUAAAGCGCACGAUAAAGGGUUUGCAGAUGUUGUCGCCCCCUUAUUACCAGGUGUUGUAAACAUUUCCAUAACACGCGAAGUAAAAGCGCCGAAGGGGCCUGCAAUUCCCCCAGGAUCUCCCUUUGAAGACCUUUUUAGACAAUUCUUUGAAGGACAAGGCGGUAUGAUGGGAGGCCGUGCUCGAACAGUGAAAUCUCUUGGAUCAGGAUUUGUCGUUGAUCCUUCUGGGUACAUUGUUACUAACAACCACGUGGUUGCAGACGCACAAGAAGUUCUUGUAACAUUUCAACCGACAGGUGAUGAUGAAGAAACAGAAUUAAAAGCAAAAAUAAUUGGGCGUGACCCAAGAACAGACUUAGCGCUCUUAAAAGUUGAGUCAAAAAAACCCUUAACAGCAUUAAAAUGGGGAGACUCCACACAAACGCGGGUUGGAGAUUGGGUGAUUGCCAUUGGAAACCCGUUUGGUUUAGGUAGUACGGUAACGUCUGGAAUUAUUUCUAAUAUUGGCCGUGAUGUCACAAUGGGACCUGCGCAGUAUAUUGAAGGCUUUUUACAAAUUGAUGCCCCUGUAAACCAAGGAAACUCUGGUGGCCCUGCAAUUAACGCACGUGGUGAAGUUAUUGGCGUUAUUAAUGCCAUUGCCACCACAACGGGCGGUAAUAUUGGUAUUGGAUUUGCAAUCCCUUCAGAAGUUGCGAAAACAACAAUUGAGCAAUUAAAAAAAUUUGGACGCACACGCCGAGGCCGUUUAGGCGUUGGUGUUCUUCCUGUUGAUAAAGAAAAAGCAAAGUACUAUGGCUUGAUCAGGCCAUAUGGUGCAGAAGUUAACGAAGUCAAUGAAGGAGGACCUGCAGAUAAAGGUGGCAUUAAAGAAGGAGAUAUUAUCCUUGAAUUUAAUGGCCAAAAGAUCAAAUCAUCCCGUCAUCUCCCCCGUGUUGUCGGAGAAACACCGAUUGGCCGCAAGGUUCCCGUUGUUGUUUGGAGAGACAAAAAGCGUACCACACUUUCUGUACAGGUCGGUGAUUAUGAAGAAGCUGAAAAAGUUGCUUCUGGAAGUGACCUAGAUGAAGCAGAUGAGGCAGAUGAGGAUGGAGGCGAUGUCAUUAAAGAACUGGGCAUUACUCUACAUCCACUUAACCUCUCAGCGAGAGAACGCUAUCGUAUUGCUGAUGAUGUGCAAGGUGUUGUCAUUAUCGGUAUGGACAUGGAAGGCGUUGCUGCGUCUAAAGGGCUCCGCCGUGGUGAUGUUGUGAUCUCUGUUGAUGGGGGUAAUAUUGCUUCAAUCAAAGAUUUACGCAGCGCCAUUGAUCAAUCUAAAAAGGAGGGACGCGAGUUUAUGCGUUGGCGUAUUAGUCGCCAAGGGCGGAAUUUAUUUGUUGUGCUUCCCACAGAUCCUGAUGGUGAUGACACACAAUAA